GGGAGUGAGCGUCAGUGAAGGAAGAUGGCGGGGCGUGGCGGGGUGCACGGCGCGGCUUCUCCGUCGUGCGUGUCCAGGAGCUUGGACAGGACACUCUCGGACGCCCAGGACACGUGCGAACUCAAACUAAGUGGCCGCAAGUUAAAGGAUUACCCGAAAGCCGCCGCCAAGUACAACCUGAGCGACACCGUCCUGGCAGAUUUAUCCCGCAACCGCCUAAGUGAGGUUCCCGCGGAGGUGACGGACUACCGCUCGUUGGAGACCCUCAACCUAUACCAGAAUGUGAUCAAGCACCUGCCAGAGUCCCUCAGCUGCCUGCAGGCCCUCACGCACCUCAACCUCAGUCGUAACCAGCUGUCCGUCAUCCCCGGUGUGGUGUGCUCGCUGGCGGGGCUGCGGGUGCUGGACGUGUCGGGGAAUCGCCUGGUGAGCCUGCCGGAGGAGCUGGGUCGCCUCCACAGCCUCAUGCAGCUGGACGCCUCCUACAACCAGCUGGCGCACCUCCCCCCGGCCCUCGGCGAGCUGGAUGGCCUACGAAGUCUCAACCUCCGCCGGAAUCAAUUACAAACGCUUCCCCCUGAGCUGUGUUUCCUGCGGCUGGUGUUCCUGGACCUUAGUGGCAACAGGAUCUCCACGCUGCCCACUGAGCUCAGGUUCAUGGGGUCCCUCGUCACCCUGGCACUAGACAACAACCCGCUACAACAACCCCCGGCCAGCCUGUGCACGAGGGGGAGGGUUCACAUCUUCAAGCGCCUGGAGAUGAUAGCGGCCAAGGAGGACAAGAAGAGGGGCAUCCUAUCAACAGAGACGGAAUUCAGAAAGACACAGUUGCGCAAGCCUUCCUCCUGCACUGACUUCAGGUUGGUAAAUGGUUUCUUUGAGCCGCGCAACAACAAGCGCAGCACGGUGGACAGCGGGUACAGCACCUGCGACAGUGUGGACCAGCGGUGGUCGCAGGAAAGCCAGGAGGUGGGUCAGGGGAGUGUUGAGUAUGAGGACCCGAGGAAACUAGCAGUAAGGGCGGCGGCGUGCACCAAGGAGCAGCGGCAGGGGCGGGGGGCAGCGGCAGGGACCACAGUAAGACCCCUCAACGGUCUCCCCAAUGGUGACGUGUUGGGGGGGGUUAACGGUGGUGUUGGUGGCGGUGGGACAGGGGGUGACCACACGACCAGCACCACCACACCCAGCGCCCUUUCCACCCCCAGUACACUGAGUCCAGGCGAUGGCUUUAACUUGGAGGACGAGUUCAAUAAGGCCUUGAAGUUGAGGCAAGACUACGAGAACGUGUUUCCAGGUGACCACUCGUCUGGCAAAGACACCCAGAGCCACAGUGGUGCUGCGUGGAGUGUUAGCAGCAGUGGCAGCAGCAGCAACAGCAGCAACAACAACAACCACAGCAGCAGCAACGGUGGCUUGGCCCUGCGUCACCCCCCAGAGCCCCCCCACCCCCAUAACCCUGACCCUGGGGGGGGCUACCUCCUCUCCCACACCCACCCCACCCCCCACCACCCCCACGCCCACAUCCCCACCUACAGGGAGUACGUUGAGGCCAAGCUACAGAGACGCGCCUUAGAGAGCAACAGCAUUUACCGACGGCAGGGUAGCGAUGGCACGACAGCGACAGCGGCGGCGGCGGCGGCGGAGAACGGCACGCACAGAUCCGCCGAGAGUCUAACCACCUCUAGGGCCGACCACCACCACCUCCACCACAACAGUUCCCAGCACCUCACCACCAGGCCGGGACCCAUCGGGGCUGCCAAGUCUUGCAAUGGUCUUGACGGGUUUUCUCAGAGGUUGCCUAGCCAACCCCGCCUGCAAGACCUCACUCGGGAGGACAUGACGAGGGCCGAUGUGAAGGCCCUGCAAAAGGAGGCCGUCUUGUCGUACAUCAAGUCCCGUGUCAGCCCCAGCAAAGGCUCCUCGUCCCCCACCUCCCCAAACGCCAGCUUCGACUCCGGUGACGGAUCCCCUUCCUUUCCCGCUGGUGCGCCCACUGUCAACUCCCACCACCAACACAGCACCACACAGCAACACCCUGCCUCCACCACCUCCACCACGCACCCCCCACACUACUCUAGUCCAUACACAAACAACUACCCAUCAGCGACGCACCACACCUCCUCAAGGGUAGGGACAGGGAGCGGCACAACCACAGCCAAGGUCACGGCGCCCUCCACUGCCUCCACCACCACCACCAUCACCACCAAGACGAGGAAGAGGAGUGGUGGAGGGAGGCCCUUUGACCCUGACGCAGCACACCUCAGCUUCACCUACAGAAGGGAACUGGAGAAACAACAGCAUGAGAAGCAACUGGUGGAGAACUUGAGAACUAUCAUUGAGACGCGUUUGAAGGUCUCGCUGCCGGCCGACAUUUCCUCGGCGCUGAUGGAUGGCGUCGUCCUCUGCCACCUCGCCAACCACGUGCGGCCAAGAUCCGUCUCGUCCAUCCACGUUCCAUCCCCCGCCGUGCCAAAGUUGACGAUAGCGAAGUGUCGACUCAACGUAGAAAACUUCCUCGAGGCGUGUCGGAGAAUUGGAGUGGAAGAUGCGCGCGUGUGUGCAUGCGACGAUAUCGUAACACACUUUGACCCAGAGCGCGUGCUAACAACUGUCCGCUUCCUUGUCGACCCUUCUGAGUCCCUGUUUGCGAGCAAGUUCAAUGGGGCCGCCCCGGAUCUCCUCUGCCUCGGCACCCCAGAGGAGGAGUCUGGCGUCCGUGACCAGCGUACUCUGUCCCGUGUGCUAAUGUGUAUCUUCCUGGCCACCGUCGUGUUACUCGCCUGGUACCCUCCCCCCGACGAGUAGAUGCCAUAGUCGUGCCAACGCUGCCCCCCAGAUUUUCUUUUCCCUCCCGAUGAUGUAGCUCACAUUGAUAUAUCCCCACGUCCUUACUUUGUUGAGCCCAUUCACACCUGUCGUACAUUUCUGAUUCAUGGCUGCAUUUUCCGUCACCAAGCAGUAUAUUGUUAUUAUCAUUACUUGUUUUCAUUACUUGUGCAAAAGUAAACUUCCCAAGGCUAUGAUUCCUUCAACUGAGGAAUAGAUUUAGGCCAUAGAGAAGUAAUAUCCAUGUCUAAGCUGUCCCAUUAAACUUGGCCUUAAAGGAAUCACUCAAAAUUUGGACUUUAACGUGAUUAUAUACGAUAUUAGAAGUCAGGGGCCAUUGAGGAGGGUAGCUCUGGGGGGCAGACGUAACAGCAAGUCUCGUCUGUGGCUGUGACUUUGGUGGUGUCGUGCUGUGGCCUCUGUGGUGCCCUAGUGAGAGUGGUGGUGUUCGCUGUGUGGAGGAGAGACUGUACAGACCGUGCUUGGCCGCCUCAAACCUGCCCUAACACACCUCUGUCCAGGAGACUCAUUCGUGUUCUUAACGUGUUCUUGGCUUCUUGACGCUACUCCUCUGUACCCUGAGUCAUUGACUGUGCCUUGUUCCUGAGUCCUGUCUUACCCUUACUUACCUGCCCUACCACAUCUCUCUUCCCCUCCUUCCCUACACACACACACACACACACACACACACACACACACACACACACACACACACUCACACACUCACACACUUACCAUAUCACCACACAAUGAAUACCUCAAACAUAUGCCCAAUAUGAAAGAGGAAGGGGCCUGGAGGGGGAUGUUUGGGCCUAGGUGUUAGUUUAUUUAUUUUUUUACUCAUCCCAAUGCUGGAGGAGUCUGGGUGAAGUGGAGUAAGGUAAUGUAUGUUCUUGCUGUGUUGUGUUGGUUUGGCUGUGUUUGGAACCUGAGAAGGGACGAGAGCAAGGGUUACAUCAACUUAUUCCCUUACUUGUGUUUCUGAUCCCUUUUCCUUCACCUCAUCCAUAGUUGUGCCUUCUUUCCUUUACAUCAUAGUUAUCCCUCAUGUACCACUCUGUCAUUCCCUCUCCUUUCUUGCCCCAGUAUUCCAUAGAGGAUGAUAGGGGGGUUGUGCUUGCUCCUAUUUCCUCCACUAUAUUCCCCUUAGUUUCACCUUUCCAUUAGUUAUUCCUUUGAUCCUAUAUCCUCGUUUCUUAUUCGUCUUCCUUCCCUCGCUUUCCUACAUCAGUUUUCUAGAGAGGAUGAAAUGGGGGGUUGUGUUUGCUCUUAUUCCCUCCACUUUAUACCAGCCCUUUUUUUUAUUCUUCCUUUCUUUCCUUCUGUCCUUCCCUCCUUCCUUUCUAUGCCCAUAUUCUCCUUCCUUCCUUCAGUCUCUCCUGCAUUUCCUUCUGUCCUUCCUUUCAACACCAACUUAUUUCCUCCAUUCAUUCUUACCCAGCCUUACAACACUACACAACACAACAUGAAUUACAUUAACAUUCACCAUCCCAACUGAGAUAGAUAUAUAGACAGAGACAGAGAAGAGAAGAGAAGAGAGAGAAUGAGAGAGUGAGAGUGAGAGGGGUGAGUGUGUGUAUAAAGAGUAUUGUACAAAGGCUAAAGCUUCACAAUCUUGCCUAACCUUCAUCUGUUGGCUUGCAUCCUGCCUGAUCUUAGUCAAUUACUGCCUUUCAUCCCCUCUCAAGUGCCUGAUAUUAUUAUUAUUAUUAUUAUUAUUAUUAUUAUUAUUAUUAUUAUUAUUAUUAUUAUUAUUAUUAUUAUUAUUAUUAUUAUUAUUAUUAUUAUUAUCAUGGGUGCAUGCUUUUAUUCUAGGCCCAAGUAAGUAAUUGAAUAGCAAGAGGUGGGCAUUACAUAUCACUGGAAGACCAAUACAUCAUAAUUGUUACCUAACACACACACACACACACACACACACACACACAUACACCAGCCAGUAACACAGAUCCUUCCAUCCCUCCAACACAAGACAGAGGAUUCAUGCCGUGAGCAUUGUUUGCUAGACUCAUCCUCCCCAGUGCCACACACACCAUCCAGGGCAUUAAGAGGGCAUUGUUAGAGGCAGGACACAGCAGGGCACCACACAGCAACAGAGGGCCAGGAGGGAGGUGGCCAGGAUGUGUGAUAGGCUGGGCAUCCAUUUGUCUGUGAUCCAUGUCCAUGGCAUGGAGUGUCCAUCAAGUAUCUUUUAAAGUUCAACUUAUGAAUUUUUGAGUCGGGGCAAUCUUAAAGGGAAGAGAAGUGUUGCCAUGGCCAUAGUUCUGGUAGGAUCAUCAGUGGAUGCUUCUCAGCCAUUUCCUACAUGAUUUUUCAGUCAUGGAUCCAGACACAGACACAGACACAAAUAAAGGAUCACAGACAGUUGGAUGCCUUGUUGAAAGCAAGUUGCUGUGUAGUCAAAUCAAACCAAGCUGCUGUACCCUCAGUCUGUAACAUUCCGUUAGGUAAGGUGUUUACUACUGCUACUACUGCUGAGAUGCUUAGGUCUAUUAUGAAAAUUAUAUACACUACUAGGAAAGUGAUUUUAUAUUUUUGUGUGCUUGUAUUAUUAAGUUUAUGCAUUGGAAAAUGGCAUUUUUAGGUAUAUUAAUCAUAAUUAUAUACUAGAAAAUAUGGUUUUAUAUUGUGUGCUUGUAUAAUAAGUUUAUGCAUUAAAAGCAUUUUAAACUAAUGUUAAGCAGGACAGAACAGCUUCAGUACAGCACAAGUCCAUUAAUGUCAUUUAAAAAAUAUCUAUAAAUUUUUAAAUGAUCUGCAUAGUCUGCAUCUCAUUAUCUUGAAAAUUUCUGUGAAGUUUUGCUCAAGGAAAGUUUUGUCUCACCCCUUCAGUGUUUUUAUGUAAGAAUUUUCCUCUGAAAUUUCCUCUAGUGGGUAUUUCAUUUACCACUUCUGCAUAACUUCCUGCACUCCAGAGUUUGGACAGUUGUUAUUAUUGCAUAAGUUCAAGCCUUCAGGAAUUUGAACAACUGAUUCCUUUUUAAUUAUGGUUUCCUGUUUUCAGGAAUUCACAUUAUGAUCUGGAUAGCUCAGAUUAAUGGACUUUUGCUGUGUGUAGUUUCACUUGCAGCUUCCAAGUUUUGGUUUUAAUGUGCUUAAUGCUUGUGAUUGACUCCAUAUCCAAGGGUGAGGAUGCCGUGUAUAGUUGGCGGCAUCACAGCCUUUGUUCUGUCCUUGCUGGAGCCACCAUGAGUCAGCCCGCCAAUGUGAUAUAAUCAGAUCUGUGAAUUCUUAGGUUAUGCUUAUUCCUUAUACAUUAUAUUGUCUCCUACAUCAGUCCAGUCGCCCUUACUGGUGGUCCCUGGGCUCACCUCACACCCCAACACUACAACACCCAAGCCCAAUAUACUCAGUCACUAGUCUUAGAAUUUAAGUGUGAUGAUUUGAUUAGAUUUUUAAUUGGCAUCAUACAUACAAUAUAUACAACUUACUAAUGAUAGCAAGUGGAACUAUAAACAGACACUUAUUUACAUCCUCAACAACAUUGAGGUCACUUUGGAGUGUCAUUAGUGUUGCAUCAAAGUCAGUCAUAAACUUCCCUAAAUAAUCCAUAUAAGAGGAGGAGGUUGGUGUUGUUCCUUUGAGGAUGGCACAUAGGUUUUGAUCCUCCCAAUUUAUGAACAGCUUAACAUAUGAAUAGGUCUAUAGUAUUCAUGCUCAUGUGAUAUUUUGCGCUGAAUGUGGCUGCGUUUAUUGGUCUCAGGAGUUAAUGUGUACACAUGAUCCUUUUUAUCCAUCGUGGGGUGUGAUCGGGCGAGGUGCAUUCACUGGCCCCGGCACCUCACUGCCCCAAGGAAACAAACAAGCAUUUCUAAGUUGAUCACUCUUGUAGCAGUCAUACUUCAGCAGGCUUUGCCAGGGUUGCUGAUGGAGACAUAUCUCUGAGUGUUCAGUAAAUACCAUAUAUACUUGUGUAAAAGUUGGUCUCGUGUAAAAAUCAACCCCACCUCCCUCAAAGCUAUGAUUUGUUGGGUUGAAUAAAUGUAACCUUUAGAAGAGUGGUAGCCAGGUACGUGUUAAGCCUCUCAACUAAGCCCUAAAGGGAAAAAGACAUUCAGAAAUUAACUUUCAUAUGAGUAUAUAUGAUGUUCCUUCAGCCAAGACAAAAUGCCAAGUAUGAUGAGUUGAAUCUAGUCUUGAUCUGUUUGUGACUGGCAAGACAGCAUUGGUCUUGCCACCACCAGCACACACACCAGAGCCACAGUGGUUGGUAACACAGCAUCCAACAACUAGUGCUUGGUAGUUGCAUUAUGAGUCAAGCAGCAGAAGCAGCUUUGUCUCACAUUCUGAUGUGUUGUGUCCUUCAGUAAACAGUUGCUGACUCAUAAACUGUAAGUACUUGUGUAUAAGUCACUGCCCCCUCCUCCUCCAGGCUGAGACAUGCUUUAUUGAGGGAUAAACUUAAACCCCUCCAGAUCAGUAGUAUCAACAUAAAACAACCCUCCAAAAUAGUUGUGAUUAUUUUUAUUGAGGAACACGUUUAACAAACCUAGAAAAGUAUUGUCCACAUUAAACUCACCCUCCUAAAUUUGGCUAUAAAAAGUCUUAUCUGACUUCUACAUGAGUAUUUGCAGCACAUAACUUUACUGAGACAGUGACAGUUUCUAGGAGUGGAUUGUCAGGUCCACUUGUGUAUCUCUUGUGGUAUAUGCAGCCACGAAGCAUCCUGUGAUAAGAGAAUGAGAGUGUGGCUGCAUGUAGCACAAACUUACUGUCAAUCUAGUCUUGAGACAACCUUAAUUAGUAUAUCCAGAAAGGUGCUUUAGGAGUCUCACACACCAGUCUUGUGUCGUGCACUUGAAGCCGCCGUGCUCACUGUGAGGCUUCACUCGCCCUUCCCAUAACUUUUGUAUGUAUGAUCAAAGUGUACUUACUCAGAGCCUUCCUUGUAGCACUGACUCUGAAUUCUGUGUUUACAAUUGCCAUAUAAGGAUCAAGAAGACAACAGGGGGGUAGGAACUUGUUAUUCUUGUAGUAGGUUCUUAGUAGUCUCACACACUCAUACAUUUUCAUGUGUACUUGCAUACACUGCAUUUUUCCCAGACAGACUGAAGAAACUCUGAGAGUAGUCACUGAUGGCUCAAUUAGCUAUUGUAGAUCAUGGCGUGAAUGGAAUGAUGUGCUAUGCUGUUUCACACCUUGUCCAGGGUAGAUGCAGGGCUGAAGGUGUGGCAGGUGUACAGGCAGCCCUUGUUUUACGAGUGAAUUUCACAUUUUUUUGAAGUGUAAAAAUUUUUUUGUUACAUGUUUUGCUUAUAUUAAUGCUGACCUUUGACUUAACAUGUAUUCCUAUAAAGAAAAUAGUGUUUACAAUAUGUGAAAUUCAUUUCACAAGACUUCUCCAGGAACAAACCUCCCACACAAGGAGAGCUGCCUGUAUUGUUUUACUAUGCAGUGUAGAGGAAAGGUUGGCUUGGAGGAGCAAGUACACUGCUGCCCCAAGCCUUGCAUCUUGAGUGGACCAAACCAAUUCAUUAGUGGGUAAAAGUACACACACACACACAGCUCAUUUUUACUGAGUCAAGUUCUCAUAGAUUAGCUAACCAAAGAAGCUCAUGUUUAUCCUUGUUUACACGUUUAUUUAGUCAGGGUUCAGCAAGUACGCAAGUUAACCACUGUAGUUCAGUUAUUCUUGUUUACAUUUUUUAUGUUUAUUGAGUCAGCUUUAUAUAAAUUACUUGAUUAGAGGCCCAUGUUUAUACUUGUUUACGGUUACCAAGUUAAGUUUCGGUAAAUUAAUCAAACAAACAGGGCCGUCACGUUAUGAAGAUGCUUCUUUAUUUUUAUUUGCUGUCAUCCGGUCAGCACCUAUACACAUGAGCAAGAUAAAACAUAAUAAGGUGGUUGUUACCUUGUGCUAAUUUUCUAGCCUGUCACAUUCCUCAUUUCUCAACUCCAUUUAAGUAAGAUUUUUGUCAAAGUAAGCUAUACCCAGGUGCGUGUGUGUGUGUGUGUGUGUGUGUGUGUGUGUGUGUGUGUGUGUGUGUGUGAAGAGAGAGAGAGAGAGAGAGAGAGAGAGAGAGAGAGAGAGAGAGACUACUUGAGCUGUGUCCAUUUGCCUCUAUACACUCCUAAAAAGACAGUCUAAGGCCCUACGAAGACCUGUGACUUAACCUUUGUAAGCUCCCUUAGUUUAACUUUUUACAAGGCCAACUAAGAGUAAGUACCAAUGUAUAUUUUAUACCUGCAAAUGUUCCUUGGUUAUUGUAUUGUUGUCAAUAUUGUAUUAUGAUUAUUAUUGUUUAGGCAGAUUUUAUGCAGCAUACACAUUUUAGCAGCUAGUUUUGCAAGUUUUACAUAUUAUUUCAUUCUGUGCAGGCAUGUUAACCAAGUUUGUACUGUUCCAUUUAGCAUUCAUACCAGGGAAAAAAUACUGGAAAAUUCAACUAAUAUACAAGCAUGAAAUAUUGUUGGAAUAGUAAUUGAGAAACAUUAUCUUUACAACCCUCAGUGCUAGUUUCCAGGGUUAUUUUUUCUCCUGGUAAAGGUGCUAAUUGGAAUGACAUGUGCAAGUUGGCAAACAGACCCGACAGGCAUACACUUUGAUCCGUUCACCCACACCACACUGCAGCUACACAGAUGGAUGGGCAUUAAGCUUACCAGCAAUGUCAUGAUACCCGACUAAAUUUUAGCUAUGGACUCUGCAUAUUUCCGGAAACAGAGAAAGGAAGGUUUUUAUAAGAUUCCAGACAUGGCAGCAUGAACCAAGAUGUAAAACAAUAUCCUACUUCCUCUUGGUUAUCCUUAUAUGAUUCAACUUUUAUGCUGCUGUGUUGGGAUACCUUGUGCCUACAUCUCUCUUUGUAGGUGUAGUGUACAGCAUCCUUCCUUCCUAAUUGCUAUUCUCACUUUACUCACCUUUCGAGGCCAAACACCAAGAUGCCCAAAAUAAUACAUUGAGUUGCAUGCUUCCACCCAUCCAUCAGUUGCUGGACCACUAGGAAGGGGCCACUCAAUGCCAUACUCACAGCUUACUUUCCUUAGCCUAAGAUAGAUGUUUUACUGGUGAGUUUGCCAGAACCCUAUUUUGUUAUUUAUUUUAACUCUAUACCUCACAGCCAAUAAAUGAUUUUGAUUCCA